UACACUAAACAUUGAAACGCAAGAUGGCGGCGCCCAGGAAAGUUACCAGAUCCUCUCACCAAUAUGUGGGUGAUGUGAAAAAGCAGCUUCGGCACGGAUAUGGACUUUAUGUUUACGCAAACCCAUUUUUUCGAUAUGAGGGUGAAUGGAAAGACGGUAAAAAACACGGUCAUGGGAAGCUUUUAUUUAGAGAUGGAAGUUACUACGAAGGGGAGUUUAUGCAUGGAGAGAUUACUGGCAAUGGACUGCGUUACUGGGCAACAUCAGGAAAUACAUAUUCGGGUGAAUUUCUGGAUGGAGAACUGCAUGGCCAUGGUGUGAUGCAGUACAAAGAUGGAGGAAGAUAUGAAGGGGCGUUUGUUUUUGGAAUAAGAGAAGGACAUGGUUUGUUGGUGGACAAAGAUGGACAGACCUACUCUGGGGCUUUUCACAACAACAAAAGAUAUGGAGAAGGACAAAUGACUUUCCAGAAUGGGGAUCAUUAUGAGGGAAAUUGGGUGCUGAAUCUACGCCAAGGACAUGGUGUGCUGCACUGUUUAGAUGGAACCAUUUAUGAGGGGCAGUGGCGAAAUGACGUGUUCAAUGGACAAGGAUCCAUGAUUCAUUGCUCUGGAGUAAUUUAUGACGGCCCAUGGAUCAAUGGGCAUCCUGCUGAUAUUGCUAAAAGGAUGAUUAUCUUGGGAGAAGACAUAAUUGAUGUUGUCCAAGGAUCACCUGUCACUUUUCAUGUACAGUUGCAGAAAGAAGAUGGUGAAAUUGCUGCAAAUGAAAGUGGGCGUGUCUUGAGGAUCAGUGCAGGAAUAAAAUACACUCCUCCCAGCAAACCCCAGACUGCCAACUUUUUGGAAUUAAUUGAAGAUUUUGAGGAAAAACCAGUGCAAACACCAUUUGGCUAUGAAUGUAUGAAAUAUCCACUGUCCUAUUUGAUCCAUGAGAAGCAGCUGCUGGAGGCUGGCAGUCCUUUACUGAGCCAGCCUGGUGUGCAGUCACCUAACAACCCGCUACUGAUAGCUGAUGAGUCUUGCCAUGAGAGUGCCGGGGAUCUCUCCAAUGCACUGGAUGUAGAAUACCCCAAGUUCUCAAUAAGUGAGGAAGACAUCUCUGUACCCCCUCCUACCAAGAGAGUUGAAAUGGGCCAAGCUGUAUUUGAAGAUAUCCUAUUUGGCCCACCAUCAGCCAAGUUUCUCAAUGCUUGGGAGAAUACGGAAAAGAGACUUGACAUGGAAGAGAAAUGCGUUGCUGUCUUUCAGCUAUUGUCAUGUAGCAAACUGUCAGGCACUGACAGCCACAGUGUCAGUAUCUUCAAUGCGGACUGAUCCGUUACCAUGCCACAAAGGCAAUGAAUAGCUACAAAAAGCAGAUUGCCCCAAAGUUUUGCCAAGGGAGAAGAUUUAUGGGUUUUUAAUGUGCCCCAUAAUGUGAAAAAUGUGUGUUUAUUUCACUUAAUGCUGUUUAAGCUAACUUUAAUAGUUUGCUCAAUGUUUUGAUUACUAAUGCAACUGCUUAUUAAAUUCUUAAAGGAAUGUUAUGUCCCCUAUGUAAGAGGUAUUCCUUUUCCUAAUAACCCCCUCUAGGGACAAUAUAUUUUGAAAAACUGAGGAACAAAAACUUUUUGUAAUGCGUUUGACCUCAGCAGCUAUAAACAGCCUUUCUUGUGGUUGAUUAUAUUUUAAAACAUUUGGAAACUAUUGUAGGGCAAGCCUACUAUACAUUGUAAACGUAUUUUGUGUUUAGUAUUUACAUGUUUGUAUUUGUCCUUGAGUCCUGUUGGACAUAGA